AUAUUUGUUUGUUUUUUUUAAUAACGGGCACAUAUCGGUGUUUUAAAGUUUAAGCAGCUCGAGCUCCUUUGCUGCUGUUUUCUGAAGUUUUGACUUUGCCUUUUCCUCCCUAUCUUUCUGCACGGUUCUGCGCAGUUUGUCCUCUCUCCCGCGCCGUCUCCGCCCCCGUCUGCUGUUUCUUCUCUGUCGGAUGGAGAAAGGAAGAUGUCGGUGAAAGGGGGAGGAAGCCGGGGGUUUUAUUUCAACACGGUUCUGUCUCUUUCUCGAUCCCUGGCCGCACACAGACCUGCGCCACUAGACAAGGUUCAGAAGCUGCAGUGCAUGUGCCCUGUGGAUUUCCAUGGGAUCUAUCAGCUGGACGAGCGGCGGAGGGACGCAGUUAUUGCUCUGGGGAUUUUUCUGGUGGAGUCUCAGCUCCAGCAUAAAGAAACUAUAGUUCCAUAUUUGCUUCGCCUGCUGAAGGGGUUACACAAAGUGCAAUGGAUAGAAGAGAGCACAGGAAGAAAAGCAAAAGAAGCCCUGCCAGUUGCAGAAAACUUCAGCUUCUGCUUGGUGACGCUGCUGUUUGAUGUAGCGCAGAGGGAUGCAUCACUGCGAGGACAGAUUUUGGAUGCUGUUAUGGGUGUGAUGCAGGUUCUUCUGGGCAUGUGUCAGUCUCCUCAAUCUCAGGAUAAAGAGUAUCUGUGCAGAUCUGCAGUCCCGUGUCUGAUCGGCAUUGCUCGAGCUUUCGGGCGCUACAGUAAUACGGACGAGUCCCUUCUUUCCAAACUCUUCCCCAAGACAGCCCUGCAGCCGCUGCGGGUUGCUGAUGAGCUGGAGGGGGUGCGCAGGCGCUCCUUUAAUGAUUUCAGAUCCAUCAUGCCCAGCUCGCUGCUGUCUGCCUGCCAGGGGGACACGCUGAAACGCAAGACCAGCAGCGUCUCCAACACCUCGCAGUCUAGCCCAGAUCUUGGAGGGCCCUCUCCUAGCUCUCCUGGAGGACCAAACACGCAGUAUUUUGAAGGUUCCUAUCUUCCAGAUGGCAGUGCAGUAGAUCCAGAUUACUAUUUCUCAACCAUCAGCUCUAGCUUCUCCGUGUCUCCUCUGUUUACUGGCAGCAGCAGCAAGGAGUUUGACAUUCCCCUGGAUGUGCUGAGACAGCUUCUACACAUGGUGAAGCAGGUCGUUGUGGAGUCGGUUCUGAAAACGCUGGAUGCAACCAUGGAAGAAGUAUUGGAGGUUAAUCCCGAAAUGGAGCUCUAUUACAAAACCUUUAGCGACCCCUUGUAUGCGGCCAUGUUUAAAAUGCUGAGGGACACUUUGUACUAUAUGAAAGAUCUGCAGACCUCGUUUGUUAAGGAAGUCCAUGACUUUGUAAUGGAGCAGUUCAGCAGCAGCCAGUCUGAGCUGCAGAAGAUACUUCACGACGUGGAGAGACUGCACAACGAGCUGAGCCCUCUGAAACUGCGUUGCCAGGCCAAUGCUGCCUGUGUGGACCUGAUGGUGUGGGCAGUUAAGGAUGAGCAAGGUGCUGAGAACCUGUGCACAAAGCUGUCUGAGAAAUUGCAGUCUAAAACAUCAAGUAAAGUCAUUAUCGCUCACAUGCCACUGCUUAUCUGCUGUCUACAGGGUUUGGGGCGUCUGUGUGAGCGCUUCCCUGUGGUUGCUCAUUCCGUGACCAUGUCUCUUCGGGAUUUCCUUGUGGUUCCGUCUCCAGUGUUGGUCAAACUGUACAAGUACCACAAUCAAUAUCACACAGGGACUGGAGAAAUUAAGAUCAGUGUUACUAACGAGUACUCUCAGUCUACACUGAAUGUUUUAUCCAACAAGAAAAGCCAGCCCUCGAUGUAUGAACAGCUACGAGAUAUUUCCAUAGACAACAUCUGUAGGUGUCUCGAGGCUGGGCUGACCAUGGAUCCUGUGAUUGUUGAGGCUUUCCUGGCCAGUCUGUCGAACCGUUUGUACAUUUCCCAGGAAAAUGAUAAGGAGGCCCGCCUUAUUCCUGACCACACGAUCCGAUCCCUUGGCCACAUUGCCGUGGCGCUGAGGGACACCCCCAAGGUCAUGGAGCCCAUCCUGCAGAUCCUGCAGCAGAAGUUCUGCCAGCCUCCUACCCAGCUCGACGUCCUCAUCAUUGACCAGCUGGGCUGCAUGGUCAUCACUGGCAAUCAAUACAUUUACCAGGAGGUUUGGAACCUCUUCCAGCAGAUCAGUGUGAAAGCCAGCUCAGUGGUGUACUCCGCUACGAAAGACUACAAAGACCAUGGAUACAGGCACUGUUCUCUUGCUGUGAUCAAUGCUCUCGCUAACAUAGCAGCAAACCUGCAGGGGGAGCAGCUGGUGGAUGAGCUGCUGGUCAAUCUGCUGGAGCUGUUUGUCCAGCUGGGACUGGAGGGAAAGAGAGCCAGUGAACGGGCCAGCGAGAAAGGACCAGCCCUCAAGGCUUCGAGCAGUGCAGGAAACUUAGGAGUGCUUAUUCCAGUCAUUGCUGUGCUGACGCGGAGGCUGCACCCGAUUAAAGAAGCCAAGCCCAGGCUGCAGAAGCUCUUCCGUGAUUUCUGGCUGUACUCCGUGGUGAUGGGCUUCGCUGUGGAGGGCUCAGGCCUGUGGCCGGAGGAGUGGUAUGAAGGAGUGUGUGAGAUUGCCACCAAGUCUCCACUGCUGACCUUUCCAAGUGGAGAGCCGCUGCGCUCCGAGCUGCAGUACAACUCAGCCCUGAAGAACGACACGGUCACCCCUGCUGAGCUGAAUGAAUUGAGGAGCACCAUUAUAAACCUGCUGGACCCCCCUCCUGAAGUAGCUGCUUUGAUAAACAAACUGGACUUUGCCAUGUCCACCUACCUGCUGUCUGUGUACAGACUGGAGUAUAUGAGGGUGUUGCGCUCCAUGGAUCCAGACCGUUUCCAGGUCAUGUUCCGCUAUUUCGAGGACAAAGCAAUUCAGAAAGACAAGUCAGGAAUGAUGCAGUGUGUGAUUGCAGUUGCAGAUAAGGUCUUUGAGGUUUUUCUGCAAAUGAUGGCUGACAAGCCCAAAACUAAAGAGCAUGAAGAGGAGCUGGAGAGGCACGCCCAGUUUUUGUUGGUUAAUUUUAACCACAUUCACAAAAGGAUCCGGAGAGUAGCUGACAAGUACCUGUCAGGGCUGGCAGAAACGUUCCCUCACUUGCUGUGGAGUGGUAGAGUUCUGAAAACCAUGCUGGACAUCCUUCAGACCCUCUCCCUGUCCCUCAGCGCUGAUAUUCACAAGGACCAACCCUACUAUGACAUUCCAGACACUCCACACAGAAUCACUGUUCCAGACACCUAUGAAGCCAGAGAGAGCAUAGUUAAAGAUUUUGCAGCACGCUGUGGUGAGAUUCUGAAGGAGGCAAUGAAGUGGGCUCCGACUGUCACUAAAUCACAUCUUCAGGAAUAUUUAAAUAAGCAUCAGAACUGGGUGUCCGGUCUGUCCCAGCACACUGGACUGGCCAUGGCUACUGAGAGCAUUCUCCACUUUGCUGGUUACAACAGGCAGAACACCACAUUAGGGGAGCCAGGCUCCCCUCAGACUACCCAGUUAACGGAAAGGCCCUCCUGUGUGAAGAAGGAUUACUCGAAUUUCAUGGCUUCUCUCAACCUCCGGAACCGCUAUGCAGGAGAGGUUGCUGGGAUGAUCCAGUUCUCCGAAGCCACGGGGAGGACCUCGGACAUCAACAAGCUAGCGAUCAAACAGAUGACUGACGCUCUAGAUGCAGGGCAGCCUGAGGCUUACACACAGGCUAUGUUCAAGCUCACUGCGCUUCUCAUCAGCACCAAAGACUGCGACCCUCAGCUCCUGCACCACCUGUGCUGGGACCCUCUGAAGAUGUUCACAGAGCACGGGAUGGAGGCUGCCAUAGCCUGCUGGGAGUGGCUCCUGGCUGCCAGGAACGGAGAGGAGGUUCCAUUUAUGCGAGAGAUGGCUGGAGCCUGGCAGAUGACUGUGGAGCUGAAAAUGGGCUUGUUCUCGGAAGCUCAGAAAGAGGCAGAUCCCCUGGCCGCUUCUGAAGAGAGCCAGCCAAUCCCAUGCCCUCCGGAGGUCACUCCGCACUACAUCUGGAUUGAAUUCCUGGUGCAGCGCUUUGAAAUUGCAAAGUACUGCAGUGCAGACCAGGUUGAAAUAUUUGCUACUUUGCUCCAGAGAUCCUUAUCUCUCAAUGUUGGGGGACCAAAAGGCACCGUUAAUCGCCACGUUGCUGCCAUUGGACCGCGUUUUAGGUUGCUGACCCUUGGGCUCGCCCUCCUUCAUUCGGACGUUGUCACAAACGCAACGAUUCGAAAUGUACUGAGAGAGAAGAUCUACUCCACUGCAUUUGAUUACUUUAGUGUCACGCCAAAGUUCCCCACCCAAGGAGAGAAGAGGCUGCGAGAGGAUAUCAGUAUAAUGAUCAAGUUUUAUGCCAGCAUGCUGUCUGAUAAGAAGUACCUUACUGCAAGCCAGCUUGUACCACCUGACAAUCAGGACCCUUCGGUGAACAGCCUGUCCGUGAUGACGCCGACGGAUUCCAGGAAUAAUCUUGACGUGACCGUCGGGUCCCGACAGCAGGCCACCCAGGGCUGGAUAAACACCUACCCUCUUUCCAGUGGAAUGUCCACCAUCUCCAAGAAAUCAGGUUUGUCUAAGAAGAGUAACAGGGGAACCCAGUUGCACAAGUACUAUAUGAAACGCAGGACGUUGCUGCUCGCUUUACUAGCCAGUGAGAUUGAGCGCCUCACCACCUGGUAUAACCCGCUGUCCACCCAGGAGCUGAUAAUCUCUACAGAGCAGUCUGUGGAGACCAGUAUAGCCAACUGGAGGUCCAAGUACAUCAGCCUGAGUGAGAAACAGUGGAAGGACAACGUGAACCUGGCCUGGAGCAUCUCUCCCUACCUCGCUAUCCACCUGCCAGACAGGUUUAAAAACACUGAAUCUAUCGGUUCUGAAGUGACCCGUUUGGUCCGCCUCGACCCAGGAGCUGUUAGUACCAUACCAGAAGCAAUCAAGUACCUGGUAACAUGGCACACGAUUGAUGCAGAUUCACCUGAACUGAGCCAUAUUCUGUGCUGGGCACCAACUGAUCCUCCCACGGGGCUGUCCUAUUUCUCCAGCAUGUUUCCACCACAUCCCCUCACAGCACAGUACGGGGUUAAAGUCCUGAGGUCAUUCCCUCCGGAUGCCAUUUUAUUCUACAUUCCUCAAAUUGUCCAGGCACUCCGAUAUGACAAGAUGGGGUAUGUUAGAGAGUAUAUCCUGUGGGCAGCAGCAAAGUCCCAACUCCUGGCACACCAGUUCAUCUGGAACAUGAAAACCAACAUCUACCUGGAUGAGGAAGCACACCAUAAAGAUCCUGACAUUGGAGAUCUGCUGGAGCAGCUGGUGGAGGAGAUCACAGGCUCGCUGUCCGGACCUGCCAAGGACUUCUACCAGAGGGAGUUUGACUUCUUCAACAAGAUCACCAAUAUCUCUGCUAUUAUAAAACCGACCCCUAAAGGUGAGGAGAGAAAGAAAGCUUGCUUGAGAGCUCUGUCUGAGAUUAAAGUGCAGCCUGGCUGUUACCUGCCCAGUAAUCCUGAAGCCAUAGUUUUAGACAUUGACUACAAAUCAGGAACCCCUAUGCAAAGUGCGGCAAAAGCUCCAUACUUGGCUAAAUUCAAAGUGAAAAGGUGUGGUGUUAGUGAACUGGAGAAAGAAGGACUGCGCUGCCGCUCUGAUUCUAUUGAUGAGGCCGAUGAGAACGGAGAAGGGGCAAGGAAAAUCUGCUGGCAGGCAGCCAUCUUCAAAGUGGGCGAUGACUGCAGACAGGACAUGUUAGCACUGCAGAUCAUUGGACUCUUCAAGAACAUAUUCCAGUUGGUCGGGCUGGACCUGUUUGUGUUCCCCUACAGAGUGGUGGCAACAGCUCCAGGGUGUGGGGUUAUUGAAUGCAUUCCUGACUGCAAGUCUCGUGAUCAGCUGGGAAGACAGACAGAUUUUGGAAUGUACGAUUAUUUCAGGAACCAGUAUGGAGACGAGUCUACACUCGCCUUCCAGAAGGCACGGUACAACUUCAUCCGCAGCAUGGCCGCCUACAGCCUCCUCCUCUUCCUGCUGCAGAUCAAAGACCGGCACAAUGGAAACAUCAUGCUGGAUAGCAAGGGGCACCUCAUUCACAUUGACUUUGGCUUCAUGUUUGAAAGCUCUCCCGGUGGUAACCUGGGCUGGGAGCCUGACAUCAAGCUGACCGAUGAGAUGGUGAUGAUUAUGGGAGGGAAGAUGGAGGCCACGCCCUUCAAGUGGUUCAUGGAGAUGUGUGUCAGGGGAUACCUGGCUGUCAGACCUUACAUGGAUGCCGUUGUCUCCUUGGUAACCCUAAUGCUGGACACAGGUCUGCCUUGCUUCCGCGGACAGACUAUUAAACUGCUGAAGCAAAGGUUUAAUCCCAAUGUAAGCGAGAAAGAAGCAGCGACCUAUAUAAUCAAGAUUAUUCAGAACUGCUUCCUCAGCAACAGGAGCAAAACGUAUGACAUGAUCCAGUACUACCAGAACCAGAUCCCAUACUAACACUGAACCUUUCACAAAAAGAAAAAAAACUAAACAAACCCGCAUCUGUCUGUUUUAUACAAAUCAUAGCUGUUGCAGUAGCCUUCUAAUUUAUGUGCACUUUAAAGCAAAGUUUACUGUAAUCAGUCUGCAUGCGCUGUGUCUGGGCAAUUCAGAGAUUAUUCCUGCCACUUUAUUUAGAAGUUUGGUCUUGAAACAUUCUUACCUCUGCCGAAAAGAAUUAGGUGGGGAUAGUUUAUAUAAGUUGCCCAAAAAUGUAAAAGUUUUACUUGGACCUGACUGUACCUGUACCUUUGUUUCCUGAACCUUGCAACAAUCCUACGUAAUAAAAAAUGUUUUCCAGCAAACAUGAUGUAGAAAUUGUACAUGAUCUGUAGAGCUUUAUAUCGUAAUGUAAAUGGGAGUUAAGCUCCACACUGUAGUUGAUCUCUGUUGCUGGUGUGAGUUAUGUAAUAACAAGAAGAUCAUUUGUAUGUGGUACAUGAUGUUAUAAUGUUCUCUUGGGUGUUCAUCUGAUUGUAUUUAAUCUAAUAAAUCCAUACAUAUAUAAAUAAAUACAUUACAAAGUA